GCGGAUGCAACACGUCCCUCAGACUCACCGGUGCUGAAGCUGCGCGCUCCCGAAGAUUCCAGCAUCCCGCGUUCUUUCUCAGAUACAGUAUGGAUCAUGAUGCCUUCUAUCGCCUGAUAAACUUCUCUUCGUUUUGUUUUGUCGCUUUACUCAUCACGCUCGCAUCAUCUCGCGAUUUAAUAUCCGUGGAAAUUGGUAAUCUGACACAUCAACUCGGUUUUUUGUAGUUAUGCUUGUCAGUUUGACUCUCGCGCAUCUGCGCUCAAUAAACUGAGGCUUUUAUUUAGUUGCACUGAAGUUCAGCAUCACCAAAAAGCGCAGAGAGAUUUCCAUCACCGUCUAAACACUCAGCUGGAGCAGAACCAGUGUCAUGGGGCCCUUACUCUGGGAAGGGCGCCUGUCAUGUUUUCUUCUCCAUGCUUCUGUUCUCCUGCUGCUCAGCAAGGGGGAGCGGAUGUGCCCUGUGAGUUGCCGAUGCGAAGGCAAGAUUGUUUACUGCGAGUCUGGAGCCUUUCAAGACGUCCCAGAGAACAUCUCUCUAGGGUGCCAGGGUCUAUCCCUGCGGUACAACAGCCUCUUGUUGUUGCUACCUUACCAGUUUGCUCACCUCAACCAGCUGGUCUGGCUCUACCUGGACCACAAUUCCAUCAGCGUAGUGGAUAGACUGGCUUUCCAGGGGCUUCGCAGGCUAAAGGAACUAAUCCUAAGCUCUAACAAGAUUGCGCAGUUGCAAAACGGCACCUUUGAGACUGUCCCAAACCUGCGCAACCUUGACCUGUCCUACAACCAGCUGCAGGACUUGAUGCCAGGGCAUUUUCAUGGACUACGCAAGCUUCAGAAUCUUCACCUGCGAUCAAACAACAUUAAAAGCAUCCCUGUCCGUACUUUUAUGGAAUGUCGAAGCCUGGAGUUUCUAGAUUUGGGUUACAAUCGCCUACGGACUAUAACUCGUACGACAUUUCUAGGACUGCUCAGGCUGACAGAACUUCACCUUGAACACAAUCAGUUUUCCAGGAUUAACUUUUUCCUAUUUCCACGCCUCUUGAAUCUGCAGUCUCUCUAUCUGCAAUGGAAUCGCAUACGGUCAGUUGUCCAGGGUUCGCCUUGGACUUGGCACACUCUACAGAAAUUGGAUCUAUCAGGCAACGAAAUUCAAGUUUUGGAUCCGGCUAUUUUUAGGUGUCUGCCCAACUUGCAUACACUCAAUCUGGAGUCUAACAAGAUAAGCAACGUGUCCCAGGAGGUUGUUUCAUCGUGGAUCUCCAUUAGCACUAUCAACCUGGCAGGAAACAUAUGGGACUGUAGCUCUAGUAUCUGCCCUCUGGUGUCUUGGCUGAGAAACUUCAGGGGGACUCGAGAUGCCAGUAUUAUUUGCAGCACUCCCAAAUCCCUUCAGGGAGAAAGAGUCAUGGACGCAGUGAGGAACAACUCUGUGUGUGAGGAGAUAUUCACUGUGGAACCGACCACGGAAUUAACACUUCUUUUGACUACAACUACAACAACUCUUUAUGUAACAAAACCACCCACAACCACCACUACAACCCCACGCACCACAACUAGACAGGUUUCUAAAGUUACCCACGUACAAAGAGUCACCCCAAAGGUUUUGUUCCCUAUUCAGUCCAACAAUGAAUUCCUACCACCCCUUUCGGUAACACCUAGCAGCCUACCCUUCACCCCCGAACCUGAAUUUGAGCAUAUGACCUUCCACAAGAUCAUCGCUGGCAGUGUUGCCCUAUUUCUAUCUGUGUCUUUAAUCCUAUUAGUGAUUUACGUGUCGUGGCGACGAUACCCUAACAGCAUGAGGCAACUCCAGCAGCACUCCAUUCGACGCAAGCGCAGGAAAAAGACUCAAGAGCCUGAGCACAACAUCAACUCUCAACUUCAAGAGUAUUACCUAAGCUACAACCAUGCCAAUGCCGAGACCAUGGAUUCUUUGGUCAACGGGGCGUGCACCUGCACCAUCUCGGGCUCCAGAGAGUGCGAGAAUGCAUACACGUAUCCCAGACCACUGCCAGGGGCCUGGAUGGGAGACAUAUCCACAAUUCACUGAGGGGCCCAUGAGAAAAUGCACCACUGACCAUUAUGAUUUGCAACGGCUCAGAUAAAGCCUUUCCUGAAUUUUCCAAAACAAAAGGAGAAAGAAUUAGGCUGAAUGGGCAGCACACAUCCUCAACCCCUCGUUUUGGACUCGUUUAAAUGUUGAGCAAGCGGAUACGGCAUCAAUUUGACACCCCCCACCCCACCGUCCUCGAGUCGAACCGGUUUGGUUUUUACUUCAACCAACAAUAAACGUCCCCCACAAUGGGGCUUGUGAGCACGCAAGGCAAAUUCAUCCGUAAUGAACCAGCAAAUGUUUCUCAACGCUGCCAUUGUUGCUGUAUGAUAGCUACUACCUGCUCUCUCCAAGGAAUCAACGCCCACUGUCCUGUUCAUCCCUUUGUGUUGUGUAGUGAUGUGACAAACUAUUCAUGCCGAACCAUCGGAAACGUCUCUCGUGAUCAGUGGACGGUAAUUGCUCAGUUGAGCACAACCCACGAGAAUGUUUCUGAGGACUACAUAACAACAGAAGAUAUUUUUGACUGCUGUGAAGAAAAGCCUGUUUGCGAGGACUGUAACCUCACCACGAGUUCCCACUGUGUUUUGAUUUCAACCCUGGCUGAACUUGGACACACCACGGGAGAGUUGAAUUGUGGGUAUCGUAUAUGUGUGUCGUGAAUUCGCUUUUUUGUUCUCCGUUUAAAGUUGGAUUUUUAGCAGUCCUUUCUCUUGGUUCAGACAGAAAAGUUAGCUGAUUACUUUUUUUAUGAGCAACAUAUCAUCCGAAUGUGAUGACUCAAAGAGAGAUCGACUUCAUGUUUUUGAAACACUUGCAUCCGAAUGCCUUUGUCACUUGACAUCUGAUCAUCACACUGGACGUUUUC